AUGUCUACUGACAAGUCAACCAGAAGCAAGAAGACCACCGCUGUAAAUAGCAAAGGUCAAGCCGAAGGCAAUAGCCAAAUAGGCAACAACAACCUAGCGACAGAAGAAAGUGGAUUAAUAGCUACUAUGCUAACUGGAAACAGCAAUAAUUCCAAAGACGAAACCCAGCAAAGCCAGAAUGAUGCAACUACAACUCAAACCGAGCAAUCGAAAACUGUAGACGAAUCGAAUAACAAAUCAGUGAAUGACACUAUACAACAUAACGAUGAACAACAGUCAACAAAGAAUAGUACCACCUCGAACACUGAAAUGGUUCAAGAUCAAUCAUCUUCUAAGAGAAAGACACCAGCUACAGCUAACACACCAAGCUCGAGCAAAGGAACCACCAAGGGGAAGCGACCCGAAGGAGGCACAAAUGCGAAAUUCGGUUCGGAUUACAUGUCAUUACUGGCAAGCAAACCAACUAACGCAACAAAUGCAAAACUCACACCAUCUUCGAACAAACAAGACGAAUUAACCAAUGAUGGAAAUGAAGCAAAUCAUAACACUUAUGAUUUGACAACAGAUGAACCCGAUGAUCUCGAUCUCAAUGAUGGGAAAGCGGUGUGGAACAAAGCUCUAGAGUUAGCAUCCAUAGGAGACAUCGAUGGAGCUUCGAGUUACUUCAAAUUACACGCUCAACUAACUUCAAAGAAGAAGUCUAAAGAAGAACCAACACCAUCACGAGAAUCGAACGAAAAGAAGUCGAACAAACCAGUUGAAACGUCCUCAUCAAUGACAAAAGAAGAUGCGGAGAUAGUUGAAGAAGGAGGUUUAUCGUUCAUUCCUGGAGCCAUUACGACUCACACCGACAUUGGUUUCACACCAUACUUCGAUAGGAACUUGAGAGAGUUGAAAGGCCCAAUUCCAUUAACAAUUUUCAACAAACAAUGGCAAGAGUUAGCGAACAGCUAUCAUGUAGAGAAGAGAGUAAAAACCGACAAUAUUAACAAAGAUAUAACGACUUACACCGGUUAUCCUUAUCCUCAUGAAAUGACUCAGUCUUAUGCAGCCUGGAAUACGAACUAUCGGAAUUUUGUAUCUGUUCUAAGAGACGUAUACAAGUUCAAAACGUUUGCGAACUGGGCAGAAACUCACCAAGCGAAUGUCGAAUUCUAUCACGAACGAGACAAUUGGAUGACUGCUUUCAGGUAUGACAUCAAGAUCCGUCUAAACGCUUUCGCAUUUUGUGUAACGCACAAUGGCACGAACGCACCUCCAGACAUCUCCCAAAGACGCGAAAACAUAGCUGCUAUAUGUUUUGCCAAGACUCGCAGGUUAAACGAAGAAUCAUUCGAUGACAAUCCGUAUGCGAAAGGUGGAGUUAAAUAUGGUUAUGAUUGGACAACUGGAUUACCUAGAACAAGUACUAGUAACAACAAUAACUCUCACCAGAACAGUCAUCACUCAUUUGAAAACAAUAACUCAAAUUCACGAGACAACAACUCUAGUCAUAACAACACUUCAAAUAACUCAAACAGAAGACCUAAUCAUAGAUCAGAUCAUAAUGGUAUAGGAUCAAGAGGUAGAGGAGGUUACAAUGGAAGAAAUUUCGAUCCGAACUAUGCAGCUAAGAAAGCAGCAGCGAAACAGAAUCAAAGUGGAGGAAACGUGUAG